AUGGCAGGGAAGCGCGAUUCGUUCAUAUUCCUCUCGACCAAGAAAUGGAAGCAGAGACUUGGUUUUGGGCUCGACGAUGAUGAAAUACAAUCUAAAGUACUCGACGCUACGUUAGACAACAACGGAACCAAUGACCUCUCCAGUUUCAGCGAGGUCGUUGCUUUGACCAGUUCUGGGUCGGAGAAGGCGCUUAAAACAUUAGUGGCAGUCCAUAGGGUCAUCAUAAGUGAUGAAUGGCAUGUAGCAUUCAAAGGUUUGCAACUCCUCAAUUACCUACUUCACUAUGGCGGCGACGAGGUUUUACACUGGGUUCUUGAGCAUCUAAGAAGCUUAGAGGAAUUCGCACGAAAUCUGGAUGACCAACACCACAAACGAGUCCUUCAAGAACAGUUAAGGGCUAUCCGGUUACUCGUCGAGGACAAUUGGCAGCUUGAGAAGGAACGAGAAGAUGCCUUGCACAAUGAAUGGAUGUGGAAAGUCACCAGACCGCCUCCGGCACGCCCAGGUCCGGGGUACAUACUCCCAAACGCGAGUGUAGAUAUCCCAGACCCGACGCCAACUCCAACGUCAUCGACUCGCGUGAGUCCUUCGGGAAGCGUUUCUAGUUCAACCGCACCGCUCAACCUAGCGCCUCAGGAUAAACCAUCACCUGUCACUUGGGGUAUGGGAAUGAGCGUAGAAGGAGGAAGCCGCCAGCAAAAUCAGGGCGGGAUGGACAAGGCCGUUGGGUUUCCUACUGCGGACAGAGGCGGAAACUCAAGGACUCAGAGGAAAGACCUCCCAGUAACACUUCCAGAUCUGGUCACGGGCGGAUCUAGAGAAACACACCGCAAGAUGGUGAUAGUAUUAACCCUACAGGCCAUUCAUAUGCUGCUAGCAUGCCAGUCAAUCAUAGAAUUUCUCCAGAAGAACGGGGACAAAAUGUUGUUCUCUAGGGAGAGCGACGCCGAGCUGUGGAAGGUAUAUCUGAGCCGAGUUUCCAAGCGCGGCACUUUCAGUGUGAACCAAUGUCGAGAAGAACUUGCCCAAUACCUCCAAAACACCGAGAGAGAUCCAUCAGGGAAACUCAACCGAUUGGGUAGCUCAAUACUGGAGAAAGCCAUAAAGGAAAUGCAACAGCUAUCACCCUCUCUUGAAAACUUUGUCAAGUUCGGAGGUGUGUGCAUUUUUGCCGACGAUGCAUUGGGGCUCGCCUCUCAUCGCCUUUUCAGCGAACCAGGGAAAGAAAAAUUCGACUUUGUGGACGAGUGGGAGGUGCAAAUCAGCGAGAUUGCAGCAAGAAAUAGAGAUAGUAUUAUGGGCGAUAUGAAUGGGGAGGAGGAGCCGGACCUGCAAUUUCGACAAACCCACCUCGAUCUCGCGUUGGCGAUGAGAAAGAUUGCAGCGCAAUUUGUCGAAUUCGCGUGGACAUCAGGCUCCGGGUCCUCAGUGAAGUUCAAGGAGCUUUACACCUCAAAACCAUUCGCGUCAGAAGUGGCUGCCCUAACACAGACCCGCCAUGAAGGGCCAAAAGAAGAACCAAGCCUGGCUUUUCUCACUGCUUCUCAGGACUCGGAAUAUAAAGUGAGGUUCGUUGCUCUUGUGGAUGAGGGUUCACACGUUAUAUCUAGAGAACAGACCACAGCAGCUAUACGGAGAUUGAACAUCCAUCCACGCUCGGUAGCACAUAUCUGGGAAGCUGUCGGGGAUGUGACCUCGUCGAAUGAGCUCUACUAUCCAGAGUUUGCCUUGGCCAUGUAUCUUGGCAACGAACUGCGCGAGGGCAGGUCUAUACCGUUGAAGUUGCCGCCAACUAUCAAGAAGAAUGUUGAACACCAACUCAGACUCGUCAGGACGCACACUACCCUGAAGGGUUCGAAUAUGUGGGCUACUAAAUACCGGCAGAAGACGGAUGAUAAUAUACCCGAAAAGGGCCAGCAAGACGAAGCAGAGGAUGGAACAUUACCGAGGGCAAAUGAAGUCAAGCUGCCACGAGAAGCUGAAAAAGAGCGACGGGUUCAAGCCGACGAACAGCUCGAAUCGGAAGAAGCUUUUGUAGCAGAAGAACAAAGGCAGGUCGAACAGGAAGAAAACCAAGUCCUUGAAGCCGCAGCUAAGGCUGAAGCUGAAGAACAACGACAAGUUGAAGAGGAAAAACGACAAUUCGAAGAGGAAGAAGAAGGGGAAGAGGACCGACUCCUUGAAGCCGCACUUGAGGCGGAAGCUGAAAAACAUCGACAAAUCGAAGAGGAAAUGGGACAGUUCGAAGAGGAGGAGGAAGAGGACCGACUCCUUGAAGCCGCACUUGAAGCCGAAGCUGAAAAAUAUCGACAAGUCGAAGAGGAAAUGGGACAGUUCGAAGAGGAAGAGGAAGAGGACCGACUUCUUGAAGCCGCACUUGAAGCCGAAGCUGAAAAACAUCGACAAGUCGAAGAGGAAAUGGAACAGUUCGAAGAGGAAGAAGAAGAGGAAGAAGACAGAUUCCUUAAAGCCGCAGCUGAGGCUGAAGCUGAAGAACGACGACAACAAGCAGCGGAGGGACAACAGCAACCAGCCGACGCCCAACAGAAACGAAAGAUGGAAAUCCAACGGAAACAAGAGGCCAAGUCGGGAGAUCAAGAGGGUUGUGAUGGGUCAACUGGUGAAAAGUCAUCCGAUACCGUGGAGAAUCUUGUGAUGGCGGGGGAAGAAACCGAAAGACAUAUCGCCGUAAGCACUGUCGAGGGGAAUAAUCCACAACUCGUAGAUAUUUCAGCACAAUCUGAGCGGCCGAAAACUUUCGACGGUCACGAUGAGGAUUCCCGGAAACAAACGUUGACUAGGGGAAGAGAAACCCCUACGCCUUUGACGGGAGAGGGCAUAGCAACAGGCACACAGAUGCCCCAACACCGGCAGACGGAGUUUUUAGGGUUUCCAAACGAUAGACAUCAAACACCCUCCCCACAGCUAAGAGUACAACGACAACAUACGCCGAGUUCAGAUCUAAGCAGCCUCAGCAGCAGUAGGAUCAUUUCUGACCUCGUUCGCGACUCGAAGCUCGAGACGGCCUUCGCGCCUAAUGGCCAAGUCGUUCAUGUGUCGUACGCGACAAAUCCCCGAAUGCGCCGACACCGUGUGCGCAAGGAAGAAAUAUGGGAAAGACAGAGUGAGUUAGGGAGCGGUGCCUUUGGGCGAGUGUGGCUAGAGAAGUGCGCGAAAGGAGAUGACAUUGGGAAACUUCGUGCUGUCAAAGAAAUAACUAAGCUCCAGCGCCAAAGCAGGAGCAGCGAGAUCGAUUACAACAGAGAGUUGGAGGCCAUUGCUAAGUUCUCCCAUAAGAAGUAUGUCCAUUGCUUUGUGCAGUCAUUUGGGUGGUUUGAGAGCGAGGAAGCGAUCUUCAUCGCGAUGGAGUACUUGGAACAUGGCGAUCUCCAAAGUCACUUAGACAGACCAUUUCCCGAAGAUGAAGUGAGGGACAUUGUAUUCCAACUUCUCGAGGGUCUGAGUUUCAUGCACGAGAAUGGAUUCGCUCACCGUGAUUUAAAGCCAGCCAACAUUCUCGUCUCCGAGCACUCGCCAAAUUGGUGGGUCAAGAUAAGUGAUUUUGGGAUUUCCAAGAGAGCCGAGGAGGAGGCCACUGCGUUCCGCACACUCGUGGGAACUCGCGGAUACAUUGCCCCUGAAGUCAUCGGUAUUUAUUGCCCAGAGGACAUUGAUACGAUUGCGGAUUCAUCAAGUCUGUACACUGUGGCUGUUGACCUGUGGGCGCUGGGGGCUAUAAUGUUUAAAAUGCUCACACAUGAAACCAUUUUUGCCGAGCCUCUUGAGUUGGCGAGAUAUGUCACCGCCAGACGGCCCUUCCCCAGAGCUCUGGUCUCGGAGAAAGGGGCUAGUGAGGCGUGUGUGAGAUUCCUCGAACAAGCAAUGGCGCACUCACCAACAUCCCGUCCGUCCUCCUCCCAAGCUUUGGCACAUGAAUGGUUGGCAGAUUUAUCCAAUUUGGCAGACUCUUCAGAGGAAUUCCCCGAUACGGUGUCCACCUCCACAGGACUCUCCACGGGACUCUCCACAGGGCAAUUCACGUCCGUUGCAGGCGAGUCCACUGCUAGUGCAGCGUGGCCGUCAACCUUCUCAUAA